GUUGUGACCAACUGGGUCACGAGUGACGCAGCUGCAGGAGGGGACGGGCGUGUCGGAGAUGAAAUCGGGCGCCACACUGGUUGACUUCUGACCAACAACUUCAACCACCUAACCACAUCCCCUCCUGCUCUCGUACCAAUGUCUGUUCCCCCCGCCGUCCUCCGCCGCCUGAUGCGCGAGCUAAGCGAGCUCCGAACCAACCCCCCUGACGGCAUACGCAUCGUUGUCAAUGAGGAUAACAUGCUGGACGUGACGGGCAUCGUCGAGGGUCCAGAGGGCACGCCGUACGCGGGUGGUUACUUUAGGGUUAGGUUCAACUUCACGGAGGAGUUCCCCGCAGCGCCGCCAAAGUGCUGGUUCGCCACGAAGAUCUUCCACCCGAACGUCUCGACCGCGGGCGAGAUCUGCGUAAACACGCUCAAGAAGGACUGGAAGUCGAGUUAUGGGAUUGGGCACAUCCUCGUGACGGUGAAGUGUCUGCUCAUCUAUCCGAAUCCCGAGUCGGCGCUGGAUGAGGAAGCUGGGAAGCUGCUACUAGAGGAUUACAACAGCUAUUGUGAGCGGGCGAGGCUCAUCACGAGCGUGCAUGCGACACCAAAGAUACGUCCCACGGAAUUCAACACCCCGUCAAGCGCCGAGGCCUCAUCCCAAAUCUCGACCCCACCUCCUCCCGUCCCCUCCACGUCGUCUGCUUCCCCUGCAACCACAUCUCCAGUACCUGCGACGAAAGCAGCACCGUCCACUCCCCCGCCACCACCUGCGUCGACAAACCUCAAGUCAUUCUCUCCGCCCUUGUCUCAACCUCUCCAUCCAUCGACGCCAAAUACAUAUCCAUCUUCGACGUCUCCAUCUGCUCUACCGACCGAGAAAAGCACCUCGGCAAAGGAGCGGCACGUAUCGCCCUCGCCGCUCGGCACGGCAGAUUCGAACGUCGCCGUCGCACUGCACGCGAACCCCGCCACGAAGGCCAUCAAGCGUGCGGCAGUCCCGAACGGCACCGGAGGCGAGAAGCGGAAGAAGGCGCUCAAGCGGCUGUGACGCUGUCAACCUUUUUGCGUCUUCCUUGCGUGUUGGAUCCCCGAUUCCGAUUCGGGCACAUCGGCGCUGCGCGAUCCUAUGCUGCUAUGUGUAUAUGCGCGGCCUGACGUCUCUGUGGGCUGCAAGGCUGGAUCUGUUGUUUUAUGUACGUGUUGUUAUGAUUACAUGCUGUUGUUUU